CCUUGAGAAAUAGUUCCGUUAUCAUAUGUUUAAAUGCAAUAACUUAUAAGAAAAUUAAGACUCAAAAAUGAAUUUUCAACGAUACAUUAUUAGUAAAUUCAUGCGAAAUCAAAAUAUUACAUUGAACAUUCGCAGAAAGUUAAGUAAUGAAAAUGUUUCCAACAAUCACAAAACAUCUGAUUUCGAUAAAAAAGUAUUAGUUUGGACUAAAACUGGAAAUUAUAAAAAUGUGGCAGAAGUGCCGGAAUAUGUUGGACCGCAAGUUAUUGCUAAAGCCAAGAACCGUUUGAGAAUAAGAGUUGCAAACAUUAUGAUGGCAUUAACUGCUUUAGGUUGUGUUGUUAUGAUUAUUUCUGGAAAAAGAGCACACGAAAGAGGAGAGUCAGUUGAAAAAAUGGGCAGAGAUUGGCAUGAAAGUAUUAAUAAAAAAAGUUCCUCAAAUUGAUUUUUAUGCUCCAUCAUUUCGCAGUUAGUAUAUUUAUAUAGAACAUUUGGGUCAACUUCUUUUAGCAAAUAUUGAAUACUCUCUAUUAUGUUGAUAUUAAGUUGAAAAAAUUAGUGUUGAAUAAAAAUAUUUACAGGUAAGAUAUUAACCUUUGUAAAAUUGUUGUUUCAACAUUACUAAAAUUUUAUAUCUACAAUUUUUGUAAUUAAAAAUUCAAUAAAUAAAGUAUUCAAUUUGUUAACUCCUCUUA